UUUUUAACCCCCGCUUCUCCCCCGCGAAGAGUGGGCUGUAUUGACAGACAUCUGCAUUAGUCGACUCCAUCCACGCCUCCCUAUCCUAAAUCCAUCAUACCUCUCACGAAUACACACAUCCUUCGAAACCUCCCCCCUCCACACACACACACACACCACCGCAACCAUGGUCAAAGUCACUCACCUCCUCUUCGACUGCGACAACACGCUCGUCCUCUCGGAAGACCUCGCCUUCGAGGCGUGCGCCGAAGUGCUGAACCGAAUCCUCGCCGCCAACGACAUCCCCGACCGCUACACAGGCUCGCAGCUGAUCGCCGACUUCGUGGGCAUGAACUUCCGCGGGAUGCUGCACGCGCUGGGCGCCAAGUUCGCGCUCAAGAUCUCGCCUGAGGACGAGGACAAGUACGUCAAGGACGAGGAGGACCAGGUGAUCGCGACGCUGCUGCAGAAGGCGGAGCCGUGCGUGAACUGCACGCCUGUGCUCGACGAGCUGCACAAGGAGGGGAAGUACGGGCUCGCCGUCGUCAGCAGCAGCGCCCUGCGCAGGGUCCAGGCGUCAAUCAAGAAGGUCGGUCAGGACGUCUACUUCCCCGCCGACCACGUGUUCUCUGCCGCUACGUCGCUGCCGAAGCCUACGAGUAAGCCCGACCCCGCCGUCUACCUGUUUGCCUGCGAAAAGCUGGGCAAGGACGUCAAGGAGUGCGUCGCGGUCGAGGACUCAAAGAGCGGAACCCUGUCGGCGGUGCGUGCGGGUAUCCCCGUGAUGGGCUAUGUCGGCAGUUACCACGGGAAGGAAAAGCAGGAGGAGAUGAAGAAGGCGCUGCUGAAGGAGGGUGCCUACAACGUCAUGACGGAUUGGACUGAGUUCAGGACGCUGUUGGCCGAGUUUGAGAAGGCGGAGAAGUUGUAGAUAGGAUGGGAUUGAUGUCUGUUUUCGUUUGUCUGGUCGUCUGUCUUUUAUUUUCUUCCUUGCCCAUGGGUCAGGUCGAUUAGGUACAUCGUACAUGGUACGGAGGGUCCAAUACUACU